AUUCUAGUCUGUUCAAAUAACAGUUUUCAGACCACAAAUUCGAACUCAAUUUAACAAUCUCCAGUGGCUUCUAAACAGGUCCUGGAGGGAGAAUUGCCCAGCCGCAAUGUUUUCUCUUCCUUUUUUCUCACCAGAGACAUGGGCGCUCAUUCUGCUGGCUCUAAGUCUUCUUAUGUUAUAUGGUAAUGCACCGUAUGGAAUAUUCAAAAAGCUUGGUAUCCCUGGACCAAAACCAUAUCCAUUUCUUGGAACCUUCCUAGAGUAUAGGAAGGGCAUGCACAACUUUGAUGAAGAAUGUUUCAAAAAGUAUGGACGAAUAUGGGGAACUUAUGAUGGUAGACAACCUAUUUUGGCUAUAAUGGAUCCAGCAAUGAUUAAGACCAUUUUGGUCAAGGAAUGCUACUCUGUCUUCACCAACAGAAGGGACUUUGGCUUGAAUGGCCCCCUGAGUGAUGCUGUGUCAGUGGUGGUAGACGAUGACUGGAGGAGGAUUCGUGGUGCUCUCUCCCCCUCAUUCACCAGUGGACGGCUGAAGGAGAUGUUUAAAAUCAUGACGCAGCAUUCUACAAAUCUGAUCACAAGUCUACGGAAAAAAAUGGAAAAGGAUGAAACUGUAGACAUAAAGGAGUUUUUUGGACCAUAUAGUAUGGAUGUGGUGACCAGCACUGCAUUUAGCGUUGACAUCGAUUCCAUGAACCAACCUAACGAUCCCUUCGUCACCAAUAUCAAGAAAAUGCUGAAAUUCAGCUUCUUCAAUCCUCUUCUUGUUAUCAUCACUCUUUUCCCAUUCAUGUCACCAUUGUUUGAUAAGCUCGAAUUAUCAUUCUUUCCAAAAUCUGUCCUUGAUUUCUUCUACAAUUUCCUGAAGAAAGUCAAAGAAGAUCGUUCAAAAAAUGCACACAAUGUGAGUGAUGAUUCCAUUUCAUACAAUCGGGUGGAUUUCAUGCAGCUGAUGGUAGACUCUCAAAUCCAAGAGAAUGGAGAAGUCAGUGCAGAGGGACAGUCAGUCAAAGGGUUAACUGAUCAUGAGGUCCUCUCCCAGGCGAUGAUAUUUAUCUUUGCUGGUUAUGAAACGAGCAGUAGUACACUCUCGUAUGUAGCUUAUCACUUGGCCAUCCACCCUGACACCAUGAGAAAGCUCCAAAAGGAGAUUGAUGAGACCUUUCCCGAUAAAUCUCCAGUGACUUACGAGAAGUUAAUGCAAAUGGAAUACCUGGACAUGGUAAUAAACGAGACCAUGAGGCUGUACCCUCUUGGUGGACGCAUCGAGAGAAUAUGUAAGAAGACGGUGGAGAUAAACGGAGUGACAAUCCCUAAAGGGAUGGCGGUAGCAGUUCCACUCUACCCCCUGCACCGUGAUCCUGAACUGUGGCCAGAGCCUGAAACCUUCAAUCCUGAGAGAUUCAGCAAGGAGAACCACGAAAACAUUGACCCCUAUACCUUCUUACCUUUUGGUGCCGGCCCAAGGAACUGCAUUGGAAUGAGAUUUGCCAUGCUUGCUAUGAAGCUAGCUUUGGUUGAAACACUUCAGAAUUUUACCCUUGUUCCUUGUGAGGAGACAGAGAUACCACUAGAACUGGAUAUUUCAGGGUUUAUGACACCCAAAAAUCCUAUCAAGCUGAAACUUGCUCCGCGCAUUCCAGCCGGAAGUGAGGAAUAAACAAGAGGGAAUUGCUCAGAAUAGUUCAAGCCUGUUGAGCCUGAAAACCCACUGCUGCUGAGUAAAGUUUUCCACAGAAUGCCUUAACACACAAGAAUCACUGCACACAUAAAUGUCUUUGAUAUCAUAUCACUUUAUAUAUUGUAACUGCUCACUUGUGAUCACAUUAAUUGAAUUUAAUCUGUUGACUUCAAAUUGUUUUACUAACACAGAAAAAUUAUGUAGCAUAUUGUGAGAGGAAAUCUUUUAUGCCAUACAGUACAAUCAUAUUGAGAUUGCACCAUACUAUGCCUAUGAUUUCAUCAUUCUGAGUGUUUUUCCGAAGACAUUGACUCUAACCAAAACAAUAAAGACUUUUGUUAUUGCA